UUCAAUUGUCCACUGUGCCGAAACUCAACAGCGACCAGCACAAAGACAGAACAAUGCCAGCGUGCCAGUAUGCGGAGCGCGUUAUUUGAUCUGGAGCGCAUUUUUUAUUUUGAGAACGUACGUGCACCUGCGUACUACUCGUGUCCAUCACUUAACAGGAAUGACAUGUAACAUGAUAAAAAUGAGAAGGAAUUUGUCACCGGGAAUCUCAAACACAGUCCGCCAGUUUUGCUGUCUCUGUCUGGAUAUUUAAGAAGUGGAGCAAGGAUAUUCAAUCAACCAUCCUUCCUGCUCAGACUGUGGGGAGGGAUUUAUUCGGUCAUCUCAACUGAAGGUACAUCAGCAAGUUCACACUGGGCAGGGCCAUUCACCUGUUCUGUGUGUGAAAAAGGAUUCAGUUGGUCUUCCCGCCUGUGGACACACCAGUCAGUUCACACCACACCGGGCGGAGGCUGGUCAUCUGUUGAAUUUCUGGGAAAGGAUUCACUCAGUCAUUUGACCUAAUGGCUCACCAGCAAGUUCACACUGGGGAGAAGCCGUUCACCUGUUCAGUCUGUGGGAAGGGAUUCACUCAGGCAUCCAACCUACGGAGACAUCAGCGAGUUCACACCGGAGAGAAGCCAUUCACCUGUUCAGUCUGUGGGAAGGGAUUCACUCAGACAUCCAACCUACGGAGACAUCAGCGAGUUCAUACUGGGGAGAAGCCAUUCACCUGCUCAGAAUGUGGGAAAGGAUUCAGUGAGUUAUCCAACCUACUGGUACAUCAGCGAGUUCACACUGGGGAGAAGCCAUUCACCUGCUCAGAAUGUGGGAAAGGAUUCAGUGAGUUAUCCAGCCUACUGAGACAUCGGCGAGUUCACACUGGGGAGAAGCCGUUCACCUGCUCAGAAUGUGGGAAAGGAUUCCGUGAGUUAUCCAGCCUACUGAGACAUCGUCGAGUUCACACUGGGGAAAAGCCAUUCACCUGCUCAGAAUGUGGGAAAGGAUUUACUGAUUCAUCCACCCUACAGAGUCAUCAGCGACUUCACACUGGGGAGAAGCCGUACACCUGUUCAGAAUGUGGGAAGAGUUUUACUCAGUUAUCCCAAGUACAGAGUCAUCUGCGAGUUCACACUGGGGAGAGGCCAUUCACCUGCUCAGACUGUGGGAGCAGAUUCACUCAUUUAUCCAGCCUACAGAGACAUCAGCGAGUUCACACUGGGGAGAAGCCGUACAUCUGCUCAGAAUGUGGAAAGGGAUUCAUUCAGUUAUCCCACCUACAGAGUCAUCAGCGAGUUCACACUGGGGAGAAGCCGUUCACCUGUUCAGAAUGUGGGAAGAGAUUUACUCAGUCAUCCCAACUACAGAGUCAUAAGCGAGUUCACACUGGGGAGAAGCCGUUCACCUGCUCAGUCUGUGGGAAGAGAUUCACUCAUUCAUCCACCCUACAGCGACACCAGCGAGCUCACACUGGGGAGAAGCCGUUCAUCUGUUCAGUCUGUGGGAAGAGAUUCACAGAGUCAUCCCACCUAUUGAGCCAUCAGCGAGUUCACACUGGGGAGAAGCCAUUCACCUGCUCAGUCUGUGGGAAGAGAUUCACUGAUCCAUCCAGCCUACAGAGUCAUCAGCGAGUUCACACUGGGGAGAAGCCGUUCACCUGUUCAGAAUGUGGGAAGAGAUUUACUCAGUCAUCCCAACUACAGAGUCAUCAGCGAGUUCACACUGGGGAGAGGCCGUUCACCUGUUCAGAAUGUGGGAAAGGAUUUACUCAGUCAUCCGACCUACAGAGUCAUCAGCGAGUUCACACUAGGGAGAAGCCGUUCACCUGCUCAGAAUGUGGGAAGGGAUUCACUCAAUAUUCCACCCGACUGAGACAUGAGCGUGUUCACACAGGUGAGAAGCCGUUCAAUUGCACAGAAUGUGGGAAACGGUUCACUCUGUCAUCCCACCUUCUGGAACACCAGCGAGUUCACACUGGGGAGAUGCCGUUCCCCUGCUCAGAAUGUGGGAAGAGAUUCACUCAGUCAUCCCACCUACAGAGUCAUCAGCGAGUUCACACUGGAGAGAGGCCAUUCACCUGCUCAGACUGUGGGAGCAGAUUCACUCAUUUAUCCAGCCUACAGAGACAUCAGCGAGUUCACCCUGGCUAGCAGCCUUUUACCUGCUGAGAAUGUGGGCAAGGAUUCACUCAGUCAUCCCAACUACUGGCACUCCAGUCAGUUGUUAUGAAUCCCUAGGUUUUGUUUGCUGUGGACUGUCAUUUUAAGAGAGAGAGAUUAAGAAGGUGAAUCAGUCUGAUUUGCAGCUUGUUUACAUCACUCCCAGCUUGUUUAGUUUUAGCUGAGGACACAGACACUCAGAGUCAGGAGAUGAAGGAGGAAAAAUGGAAGGAUCUAUACAAGGGAAAUAGGUGCCAAGGGUCACUGUUUGGAAUUUCCCUAUGCCCACAAAAGUGGGUUAAUUAUCGAUUCAGCGUACACAAAUGUGUGGUUGUCACGUCGUUUGAUCCGUAUGAGUGGAUCUGAUUUGGGGUAUCCUAUGAAGACCACUGAUGUGUUAACCCUUGCCUGUGUGUGGUGUGGUAAUUCAUUUGAAGACGAUACCCCUUGUGACAAGUCACUUUGGGUGAUAAUUAGUAUGUGGAUUUGGAAGGAUGACAGAUAAAAUCUGCAGUGACUGUUCUCUUGUUUUACCACCAUGGAACCUGUGGAAUUUGACAUAAUUGCCUUCCCUUUACAUUUACCCUGGAUUACAAAUAUCUCUCUCAUCAGUUAUUCCGUGGCUGAACUGAACUUUCAUAAUUUACCAUCUCAAGACUCCAGACCUUGGUUCCCCCAUGCUCAAUAGUUUUGGAUUUAUACUUACACACAUAUAUAAACAUAACACUGUUAACUUUUGUUUAUCUUGCUUAAGUUACUAUAUUAUAAGUACAUUCUAAUAAAGGUAGUUUUAACAUCAAAAACAGA